AUGGCUGCUGUGGAUAUUCCAGCAAAGCAAUGGGCUCAAGUCAUCAAUCAUCCAGGAGCACCCAUAGAAUUUCAGGAGAUCUCUGUACCUCAACCAGAAGUCGACGAGGUCCUCGUCAACGUCAAGUUCUCCGGCGUCUGUCACACUGAUCUUCACGCCCUGCUGGGUGACUGGCCGCUUCAAAGAAAAAUGCCACUCGUUGGCGGCCAUGAAGGGACCGGAAUUGUGGUUGCAAAGGGUCAACAGGUCAAGGAUACUGAGAUCGGUGAUCAUGUCGGCAUCAAGUGGCUCAACGGCACAUGUCAGAGCUGUGUCUUCUGCCAUCAGGGGGCCGAGCAGCUCUGUGCCCGCGCGCUUCUCUCUGGGUAUACUGUCGAUGGCACAUUCCAGCAAUAUGCAGUCGCAAAAGCUGCCUAUGUGACAAAGAUCCCCACAGAAUGCAAUUUAGAAGAUGCUGCGCCUAUCAUGUGCGCUGGGCUGACCGUGUACAAGGGGCUCAAGGAGACUUGUGCUCGCCCGGGACAGUAUAUUGUCAUUGUCGGCGCGGGCGGAGGCCUGGGGUCCUAUGCACUUCAGUACGGCACAGCUAUGGGAAUAAAUUGCAUUGGUGUAGAUACUGGAGAAGACAAGGCCCAACUCUGCAAAGAACUGGGCGCUGUGGCCUUUAUCGACUACAAAAAGUCGUCGGAUAUCGCCGCAGAUCUUCGUGCCGCCAUCCCAGACGGGCUUGAGGCCCAUGCUGCCCUGCUUCUUGCGACCCAUGAGGAGCCGUUCCGCCAGGCAUAUAAGUAUGUUCGACCGUAUGGCACCGUUGUGUGCGUUGGCAUGCCAGGUCAGGCCCUCCUACAGGCGCCCGUAUUCGACACUGUUGUUCGCAUGAUCAGUAUCAAGGGCAGCUACGUCGGGAACCGCCUCGACAUAGCAGAGGCCAUGGAAUUCUUCAGAUUGGGCAAAAUUAAGACGCCUCACAAAACACUUGGCCUUAGCCAGCUGCAGGAGGUGUAUGACAAGAUGAGAAUGGACACCAUCACCGGUCGAUACGUGGUAGAUACCAGCAAGUGA